AAACGUUAUCACUUGCUGAUUUAAAUCACAAGUAAACUGUUGAAUAGUUGAAUUCUCUAUUAAGUAUUAAAUUAUUAGCUAUUUUUGCUCUUUUCACGAUUGUUUGUUGUCGAUCAAGAAUAAUUCCAAAUAAUAUAAUAAGGAAUAGUGACCAAAGAAUUCUAUCAUAGAGGAGAUUAAAAAUUAUUUUGCUUUUAAUACCAAUCAACUACGUGACGCAAAUCCAUAAUGUAUAAAUGCGGAAUACAUUCUAUUGUACAUGUUACUGCACCAUCAAUUGAAUUUGCCAAAAGUUUAGCUCGUGGUAUUAUAACAAAAGAUCUUGCAGCUUGUGUAAACUUGAUCCCUAAUGUUAUAUCAAUUUAUAAAUGGAAAGGUGAAGUAAAUGAAGAUUCUGAAAUACUGAUGAUUAUUAAAACUCGAACUUCAAGAAUAGAAGAUUUGACUAAUUAUGUUAAGUCUGCACACCCAUAUGAAGUCUGUGAAGUAAUUUCUACUAAAAUUGAAAGUGGUAAUAUACCUUACUUGAAGUGGAUAUCAGAAUGUGUACCAGAAGCUUCUGAAAAUUUAGAUACUGAUAUUAACAAGAUUGAUUUGUCUGAAAUCAAAAAAUGAAAUAAUAAAUUAAGCCCUGACUGUAUUAUUCAAUAAGAUUCAUAAGAUUUGAUCAUUGAAUUCAUUUUGAACUUAGCUAAAUUUUUAAUAAUACUCUAAUUAAAUUAAAAAAUUAUUAAUUUUCA